AUGGUUCUUAAAGCAACGGACGGCGGCAUGGCGGUGGAAAGCAACGGUUUCCACACGGUGGGGGUUGGGUCGAGCGCGCGAAAAGCGCUCCUUAGCGCGCUCGAGGAUAAGCGGCUCGUCGUUGGGUUGAGCAGUGCGAUCCGCAGUUUGUCGGCGGAUCCGGAUCAGUAUCUGUUUUGCUUCCUGGCACCGGCUGAGGACCAUGGUGCGUGUGGAGGGCACAUGCAUGAGGUGUUGCUGGAAGCGUUUUGUCUGGAGCAUGACAUCCACAUUAUUCGGGUGGACAGUGCGAGUAAGCUGAGCCGUUUGGUGCAGUCGCCGGUUGUUGCCUCGUGUGCGCUGGUGCGAAAAUUUCCACUAAAAGUAAUUAGAAGGAUGAACAGCGCCACACGCCGCUACGAGAGUGUGCUGAUGGAAUACAGCGCACUUUAUUGGGAUAAACCCCACAAACCGGUUGUUAAAUUGCCGGAAAAGUGA